AUGCCAGAUGCUGUUUACAACAAUGAACAUGCCAAUAAAACAUUUGUUCAUUCUGUUAUUUUAAUAACAUUUCUCUGGACUUCUUUUAAUACUGAAAAUAACUUGACUGAAGAAAAUAUUUCAUCUAGUGUUCAUGAUACCAAGUUUUUCUUUUUGGAUUUAACUUUCAAACCAAAGGUCUACUUAAAAGUAUGCAGCCUGCAGAAAUUAUCAAGGCCCUGCAGCAGAUUAUGGAAGAAAGUCACAUGCAGCUUGGUGUCAGUCCUAUGCUUUCAACAUGCAGUUUUGAGACAAGGGUUUCAAGUUGCAAUUCAGAGUGCUGCAAGAGCCAGAUCAAUCACCUUUUUUAAAAAUGGUGAUGCUGGACUGCAGGGCUGA